AUGUUUAGUUUUAAAUUAAUUUUUUAUAAAUUAUCCAAAUGUGUGAUACUUUUGCUCUUUUUACACAAUCGGAUCUCCCAAUCAAACGAUGAUAUCCAAAAACUCAAGAAUGAUAUAAUGGUCAUGGACUCUAAUGUGCAGGACCUUGCGAACGUUUUGGAUAAAUCAUUGUAUAAUUCCUUCCAAAUUUACGACUCAGUUUGCCUAGGUGGAAAUGUAAUGACUUCUGGUAUAAAAACUAAGGGUUUAGUUGGUUACUGGACUUUUGAUAAGCUGUACCCCGUUGACGAGACCGGUAACGGGAACCAUUUCUACUCACCUGUCGUAUCAGGUCCUCCUUCAAAUGGUCAUGGUUCCAGUCUCUCCUUCACUGCCGAAAGUUCUUACAAAAUUAGGGCCACAGAAUCGCUUUCUUUGAGCCAAUUUACUAUCACUAUAAGGCUAUACCUGCUGGGCGAUUACUCCCCCAAUUUUCGUAACCUUUUGUCUCGGAACUACUACAACCCUCAGUCUCCUAACAUUUUGUUUUACCCUUAUAACAACAAGUUGUCUGUUAGAGUGUUUACAGAGAGUGGAGAUAUCGAAGGACUUUCCUCGAAUUCUUCAAUACCAUUAAGGCGGUGGACUCAACUCACAGUAGUAUGCACUGAGGAUGCCGUUAAAAUUUAUAUUAACGGAAUGCUCGAUAAUUCAAUCGGCCUGAGGGGAAAACCUACUCUCAGUUCUGGAGAUUUAGUGAUGGGGAAAGCACUCAGAUACGAUGGAUUCAGGGGUUAUGUUGACGAUUUGAGAAUAUACAACUAUGGUAUGGGAUCACACGAAGUUGCUGCCUUUGUAUCAGACAGCCUCACCGGCUUCGACAACUCGUUUAGAGUUCAGCUUGGUUGCACAUUUUGUGGCCACAAAGAAGCUAGCUCAAAUGGGUUCUGUCCCUCAGGGUUCAAGCUUUGCACUCUCGAUCAACUUUACAUCAGUGGAGCUCAUAUCGCAAGAGUUAACGGCUGGUUACACUCAAGUAACCAGAUUUGGUACAAAAACACCAAAAACACUCAAAACGAAUCCAGAGCUGCACUUUGCUGUUCUUAA